UUAACACUUUUAUCUUUUUUAUCUGCAUUUGUGCACCAUUGAUUUACAUGUAUACAUAUAUAUAUUGGUUUUAGAUCAGGUGUAAAUCAAUUAAAAUGGUGAAAAUUAAAAAAGGUUUACAUAAAAGCUCAAAUGAUGUAUAUAUUCUGGUGGCAAUUUUGUGAAUAAUUGAACAUUUCUUGAAAGGUAUACAUAUAUGCUUAUAAAGUGUACAUAUUCGGAUGUUAUUUCUAUAAAUAAUAUGAACCUUUUCCUUCACAAAAAUAUGUACACUCUACAAUAUAACAUGUAUGCCUUUUGCUACAAUAUGUAUAUCUCAGUCUCGUUUUCAGUUUUCACCACUUUAGUUGUUUUCACCUGAUCCUAUAUAUAUAUAUAUAUAUAUAUAUAUAUAUAUAUAUAUAUAGUUUAAUAACUGUUAUAUUCUCUCACUUCCAAAGUAGUUGGUGAUGAGUUGAUCUCACUUUUAUAUAUUUAAAAAUAGUUAAUUAAGCAUUGACUACUAAGUAACGUUAUAUAUGAGCCUCAACGCGGUUGUUUGGUUAUUAAGUUAGUUGCACUGAUUUUUAUAAUUUGCCAUUUGGCGAAUGUUUGGUAAUCUUAAAAUACAAAGACAUGAUUGGCCAAGGAAAUCUGUAUGUAAAUUUGGAAAAUAUGUGUCUUUACCUUGUUUAGACAAUCAUGUGUUUAAUAUAUUCAAGUCUUCGUUUUUUUUAUAUAAGCAUUUGUACCUUUAUUAUAGAUAAAAUCUUAAUCUUGACUUUUAGACUCUGGAACUUCUUUAAUGAAGCUUCUACGCGCUUUCAUGAGGUCUCAUUUGGUUUCUCGGUCUCUUUUACUAUAAAUCAAUAGAACUUUCUUGUUUUUGGUUACUUACCCUUCAUUCAUCUUAUUUUUUUUUGAAAAAAAAAACAAUUUUUGCUGCAUUGUGAUGGGUUUCAAAAGGCAAUUUUGUGAGGGGAAUAGUAAUAAUAAUAAUACAAAUAAUAAUAAUAAUAACUUCCAAAACCCUGUGACGAAAUUUCAGAAGUGUGUCAACUAUGUAUUGAAAGAAGGGUCUCUUGAAGAACUUGCAACAAAAAUUUCAGCAAUGCUGGAACCCAGUCUCCGGAAAGUGGUUAAAGAGGAAGUGGAGCUGCUCUUUAAUCUUCAGUCGAUUCCAAGACGUUCACUAGUUCUCCAGCCUAAUACUAUUCCGACAAGGAACCUGCAGCUGAUUUUUGCCAGCAAAUUGCCGUCCACUCUCUUUACAAAUAGUAAGGUAGAGGACGAAGACCAUGAUCCUCUAAAAAUACAACUUGUUGAUGCAGCGUCACAAUGUGUGAUUGAUCAUGGUUCUUUAUCUGGUACAAAAAUCAAGAUUGAGGUCCUUAAUGGUGAUUUUGUUGCUGAUGGGCGGGAAGAUUGGAGUGAGAAUGAAUUCAAUGAUAACAUUGUGCGUGAAAGAGAAGGUAAACGCCCAUUAUUGGUCGGUGAUAUUUCCUUUGUGCUUGUUGGUGGUGUUGGAUACAUUCAAAACAUUACAUUUACGGACAACUCGAGUUGGUUGAGAAGUAGAAAGUUUAGAUUGGGGGUUCGAGUGGUGUCUAGAGCUUCUUUUGGAACUGGCAUCAGGGAAGCAGUUAGUGAAGCUUUUAUGGUACUCGACCAUCGUGGGGAAUCCUAUCAGAAGCACCAUACACCAUCUUUAGACGAUCCGAUUUGGCGUUUAAAAAAGAUAUCAAAACAGGGUGCUUCACAUAAAAAAUUGGAGUCCAAGGGAAUCAAGACGGUUAAGGAUUUCCUUAUGCAGUAUUACCUUGACCCAUUAUCACUACGCCAGAUUCUUGGCAAAGGUGUAGCCAACAAGACAUGGGAAACGAUGGUGAAGCAUGCUAACGAAUGCCAUCUGGACAACACGUUCUAUAGUUAUGAAAUUAAUGAUGUGCAGCUCCUCUUUAAUUGUGUCUACAAAAUAGAAGCCGUGAAAUUUGAAGGUCAAGAUUAUCGGUCUGUCAGUACUCUCGAUACGAGCCAAAAGGCUCUCGUGAAAAUGUAUAAGCAGUCUGCAUUCUAUAAUUUGGAACAGCUAGUUCCGGUACAGAAUCUUUUUGCUACCUCUACUCUGGUGCCACAAACUAUUGAGCAAAACACCUCUUUUUCUAGUUCAAAACUAGACUUUCAACAUGACGCUCUUUCGAUUGUAGAUCAAGAUAAGCAGUUAGACAUGAAUCUCUCAGAUUCGGUGACAUAUCCCGGCACAAUUGAAGACGGCUAUAGGUUCGAAGAUGAUACAUCAUCUCAAACAAACCAAUCAAUACAGGAUUUUCCCCCAGCUUUCAUGAUGGGUGAUGCUUCUGCCGGGCCCUCCAAUGGAGUAUAUAACUGGUAUCAAAACAGUCCAAUCGGAACAUUUUCACAAUGCAGUCAGUUUGAAGAGCUUUCUCAUUUUCAAACCACCCCGAUUCAUCCUUUUGUUACAAACGGGGGACAAGAGGAUGACUUUUUAAUUACUGCAACUCCUACUCAUAUAGGUUUUUCCUCCCGGUUUCCUGAUUCAAGUGUUGAUAUCUCAGGCACUGGUAAGUCCCGAGCAGGCUGGUGUAAGAUUCGAGCUGCGGUUAUGUGGAAGAUUGUUAGACGAGAUGCUGCUGCUAGAAGAAAAGCAAAAUUUGCUUUUGGCUAUCUUUAAUGCAAGAUGAUACCACACCAAACGGCUCAUAAUCUGAACCCUGAUAUAACUAGGGAUAGUUAGAUUUGCGGCUCCCACUAAAAUGGGUGGCGUUUAUGGCUAAAGUUCGUUUAUGAUAGUACUUUAAAGAACAUAUCGAAGGCCAAGUUUUCAUCUUUUUAUAGGUGGGAUCUUGUAUGAUGUGAAUAAGCCUUCUUGUAGAUUCUACUGUUUGUUCCAUUCUGUAAAAACCAUGGUUUGAAAACACUGCUUGUAAAUGUGAUGCUUGUUUACAUUUUAAUGAUACCGUUUAACGAUUUUUCGAGUCUCGGUGUAUACUCUUUGAGUCGAAGAAUGUGCAGAGUGCACCACAUGAUCCAUUCUAGCUACUCCAGCUUUGAGCUCAUAAGAUAUGAGGGGCUAUGAUUCGUCGAGACCCUCCUGUAGGGCUGCUUAUGGUGCUUUCUGUCUGCUAAAUUUUUUCCAUAUAGUCCCCAUUCCUUUUGUAAGUUUCCCCUAUUAAAUCCUCAUCCCCAAAGUCCCCAACAUGAACUUCAAUCUUAACCUUCAAAAUCAACAUACUAAUUUAUGGCACUGAGAAUAAUUUGUAAAGUUAGUUUUUG